GCCUCUGCGUACGGCUGAGAAUUGUGAACUCAUGUUACCACACAUUGUUGUUGUUGGAAUGUGAAACGAUAGCUCGCGUUAGCGAGACUUUUUUUUAAUGGUUAAGCAGCUCAGUUUGCCGUGGCAUGUGAGUGGUAGGAUUAACCCAGCAGGCGACAUCUGGACUUACAUGUUAUUAAACGUUAAGCGGUGAUAUUCUGGCUCUUUCUUAAAGGGCUCCUGGUGGAUGUUGCUAGCUAACCAAACGCUGCUUCGGUUUUAAGCUAGCUGCCUCAGCUGUCCGCUUGGCAACAACAGCAAGCUAGUCGAUAAACAGGUUUACUGAAACUUUAGCUUUGUGUGUUACAAAUGUCCAACUCCGCUGAAAUUACGCUCCCCCUCGAGUGGGACGACGAUGAGCGGAUGAAUUUUAUGUUCUCCGACUUCAAGGAGAACCGAGACGUCAACACUACGGACUGGGACAGUAAGAUGGACUUCUGGACGGCUCUGAUCGUGAAGAGCUGCAAGGACCGCCGCACCGUGUGUGUCAAUCUGCAGGAACUGAACAAAAUCUUCAAGAGAAAAGAAAAGUCACCGCUUGGCUUGGCCACUGUCAUCCAGUCCAUGGCCACAUGCGGGAAGAUCCAGAGGGAGUCGGAGUUUGCUGCUAAUGUGGACUGUGGCUGGUUGUCCUGGGGUGUGGGUCUGCUGCUAGUGAAGCCUCUAAAGUGGACCUUUUCGACUCUUUUGGGUAGCAGCCGGGUGCAUUUGGAGGAGUCUUUUGUCAUCAUUGAACUAGUAAAGGAGAAAGCAGCAGAGUUACUCAGGGUCUACCGCAGCAGUGAAUUUUCAAGCUGCUCCAUUGUGUCAUUUCAAGAUCUCUGCACCCUCUCCUCUAACAUCUGUGCUGAUGAGAGCACCCUAUGCAUGGCGCUCCUGCAGCUGCAGAGGGAUAAGCAAGUCAUGGUUUCGUUGCACGAAGGCGAGAAGAUUGUUAAGUUUUGUCUACCUGGACAGGACCGUGUGUCUGCGGUUAGUGACGUGGACAUAGGCAUCUAUCAGCUGCAGCGCAGUGAGAAACUGCUUGGAGAGCGGGUUGAGAAAUUGGGCCUCGAGGCUGACAAGUGCAAAGAGGAAGCAAGGAUUCUGCUGCGGGAAGGGAAGAAAUCACAGGCACUGAGGUGUUUGAGAGGCCGCAAGAGGGUAGAAAAGAGAGCAGACAACUUAUUUGCCAAGCUGGAGUCCAUCAGGGAAAUCCUGGAUCGAAUAGCCCAGUCACAGAGUGAUAAGAUGGUUAUGCAAGCAUAUCAGGCUGGAGUGGCUGCCCUGAGGCUCUCUCUCAAAGAUGUGACUGUGGAGCGCGCUGAGAGCCUUGUGGAUCAAAUCCAGGAGUUAUGUGACACUCAAGAUGAGGUGAACCAGACUAUAUCCAGCGGUGUGACUGCUGCAGAUGAAGACAUGGAUGAGCUGGAGGAAGAACUGAAAUCUUUGUUGAAUGAGUCAAAGCCAGAUUCCGUCUCAGGUUUACCCACAGUCCCAGCAAACAACCUGCAGCCCUCUGCUGUGUCCAUCUUCAGUUCUCUGCCCGACGUACCUCAACGCCCCUUGAAUAUUAGCACCGAGCAGCUGGAGGAAGAAUUAAAUCAGUUGACUCUUACAGAUUCAGGCUUUCAACAGAAGAAAUUGACAUCGCCAGCCAAGAUAUUAGAUCCUGCACAGUAACGGAGCAGGCAAGACGUGGCAAGCCUGAAGGUCUUCAUCGCAUAUCAAGACAAAGUGAAGCUCUUAAAAAUUAAAGUGAGUUCAUACAAGUUAAAAUAAUACUCAGUAGUGAUUUGAGGGAUUGUGAAGCCAAUACCACGUUGACAACAAAGCACUUUCUGUCAUUUGUCAUUGAAAAAAAAAAAGAUUUCCUUAUUGUGGGGGCAUGCCAAAAAGCACUUAAAAAAAAUAAUUUUCCCCUCUGUGCACUUUUUAACUUGAGCGCUUUCAAAUGCUCUCAAGUCAGGAGUGAACGUUUUAACCCCUUGAAACAGGCUCUUUGGUAUGUCACCACCAGGACAUAAUUUUAUGCUAUUUUUGAGAAGAGGAAGAAAACAAACUGUAUUUGUUGUUUAUUGUGUGUCAAUAAUGUGUGUAAAUGUCCAUCAAUAGCAGUCCUGUAAAGUGUAUUAAGUGGCCUUUUGGAUUGUAAAUAUGAACCUAAAAGUAAAGAGAAUGUUAUGCCAAAUGAUUUAUAAAAACUGCAUUUAGUCUCAAUACAGAGUACCUGUAAAGACUGAGAAAAGCCUACCUUAAGUGAGUUUAACCAAAUAUGCCAUAUCAAAAAUAAAAUUUAUUUUAAUCACUCA